AUGGCUAGUGUGAAAAUGCACCCGUUCAGGAGGAAUAAACCUGGUGUUGUUGAUUUUACAGAAGAAGUUCAAGAUGAUGAAAACAUUGGUGAGAAGCUGAAUAAAGAUGCUUUGAAAAGAAAGGCUCGAGAAUUGUUAGAGAUUAGAAAGACUUUCCCGGUUUUCCAAAAUCGCCAUGAGAUUAUGCACCAUUUGCGCGAAAACCAGGUUUCCAUCUUAAUUGGUGAGACUGGUUCUGGUAAAUCUACUCAAGUACCACAGUUUUUACUCGAUGAAGUGUCAGAGGGAGGAAUUGCAGUUACGCAGCCCAGAAGGGUUGCUGCUAUCAAUUUGGCAACCAGAGUAGCACAAGAGCAUGGCUGUAAUCUUGGAGACCGUGUGGGUUACUCUGUGCGGUUCGACAAUACCACUAGUAAGCGCACAAAGCUAAAAUACUUAACAGAUGGUAUGCUUCUAAGAGAGUUAAUGAUGCAUAAAGAUUUGCGCCAGUAUAGUGUUGUAGUGAUUGAUGAAGCGCAUGAACGUACUGUAUUGACAGAUUUGAUCCUUGGGUUCUUGAAAUCUCUCAUCAACGGGCCACGCCCAGACUUGAAGAUCGUUGUCAUGUCCGCUACUUUGCAAGCCGAGAAGUUUAGUGCAUUCUUUGACAGUGCUCCUAUUUUAUUUGUGGAGGGACGUAAGUUUCAAGUCUCGCAAUAUUACCUUACAGCACCUUGUGAUGAUGUGGUCGACAGCAUGAUCCGAUGUUGUUGCCAAAUCAACCAAGGAGAACAGUUAGGUGAUAUCCUGUGUUUUCUACCAGGUCAAGAAGAGAUUGACAAAGCUGUUGCUGUGAUGAACCGGAUAGCAGAAUGUGUUUCUGAGACUACCAAAGUCCCACUGAUGGUAGCAUACCCGUUGUACGCGGCGCUACCACCCGCGCAACAAGCCAAAGUAUUUUUGCCAUUAAAAGGAUUUAAGCGUAAGAUAGUGUUCAGUACCAAUAUCGCCGAGACCUCGGUGACCAUCUCAGGCUUAAGAUUUGUGAUUGACUCUGGUCUGCGCAAGGUCAAAGUUUGGAGACACCAACUGGGACUUGCAACGCUGCUCACGGUCCCAAUCUCCAAGGCCAGUGCUAUGCAGAGAACCGGUCGUGCCGGUAGAGAGAGCGAAGGAAAGAGUUAUAGACUAUACCGUGAAUCGGACUAUUCGAAACUGCCCGAACAGACAGAACCCGAGAUCGCGCGAAGCGAUGUUACUGCACCAGUACUAAUGCUUAAGCGGUACGCCGUAGAAGAUGUUGUCAAUUGGACAUGGUUUGAAAACCCUGGAAGGGAAGCUUUAGUCCUGGCCUUGCAAGAACUUUACGAACUACAAGCGUUAGACGAUGCGGGCAAAAUUACCGCUAGGGGAGAACAGAUGGCAUUAUUGCCGCUGCCGCCACAGAUGAGUGCUGUGUUGAUCGCCGCAGGCGAUCAACACUGUCUUUCACCUGUAAUAGACAUCCUAGCUUGCCUGAGUGUGGAUAAUUUCUUACUAAACCCUGCACCUGAGCUUCGUGACGAAGUCAACGAGCGAAGGGUUGAAUUAUGCCGUGCCGGACGUAAGCACGGUGAUUUGAUCAUGAUGAAAGAAUUAUAUGAUACGGCCAUCCAAUUCAAGAACGCACAGGAGCGUGCGGAAUGGUGUCAAAAACUAUGCGUUUCGCAAAGGGCGCUUAAAAAUAUCAUCAAAGUUAGAGAACAAUUACGAGUCUACUGCAAGUAUCAAGAGAGUGAACAACAAGAAACUCUAGAUAUUCCUAAAGUUCUAAAAUGUUUCCUGAGUGGGUUCCGCAAGAAUACAGCGAUCGGUAUGCCAGACAGAUCUUACAGAACUGUGCUUACCGGAGAACCUAUCGGUGUUCAUCCCUCGUCAUUGUUGUUUCGCGAUAGGAAUUGUCCCGCGAUCCUGUACACCGAGUAUGUGUUUACCACCAGGGGUUACGCCAGAAACGUCAGCCGGGUCGAGUUGUCUUGGCUGCAGGGUGAAGUCGCCAAGAGACACAUCUAG